AUGGCGAAAAGUGAGGUGUUUGAAGGGGAUCAGAGCGUGGCGGUGGCGAAGGUUACGACGGAGUUGAAGAAGGAAUUGAAUAGACUUGUGAAAGCGAUUAUUGAAGAUUCAUCAUCGGAGGAUGAAAAUGGAUUUGGAUGUUUCGAGAGAGCGAAUCAGACUUUGCAAGCUUUGAAAGAAUCGAAAGAGGGAGGAGGGAAACAACGAUCGUCUUCGAUUAAACGACUCAAUGAUAAUAAUCGUAAUAACAAUGAAAGUUCGACGUCGGUUUGGGCUUCUUGUUAUCCUCUAUACUUACAUACGAUAGGCCCUUUAUCAACUCUCGACUCCAAUAAGUCGUUAAUUGGACAAAAAGGUGCUUUGAAACCACUUAUUGAUCUUUUGGAAGAAGGGCAUCCAUUAGCAAUGAAAGAUGUUGCGUCUGCUAUCUUUAAUUCAAGUAUCACCCAUGAAAAUAAAGCCAUUCUUGCGAUGCUUUCAAGCAACCAAAAAGCUGUUGAAGAAAUGGGGGAUCUUGGAGCUGUUUCUUGUUUGCUUUCUUUUCUUUAA